AUGGCCCCUUCGCAGACGGACGGCGACAAGGAUGGAUUCCACAAGGGCAAGAUCUACUCGGUUUCCGGACCCGUCGUCGUCGCUGAAGAUAUGACUGGUGUUGCCAUGUACGAGUUGGUAAAAGUCGGCCAUGACCAGCUCGUCGGUGAGGUCAUUCGGAUCAAUGGCGACCAAGCGACGAUCCAGGUAUACGAAGAGACAGCCGGCGUCACCGUUGGCGAUCCCGUGCAGCGAACCGGCAAGCCGCUGGCUGUCGAACUCGGGCCCGGUCUCCUGAACAACAUCUACGACGGUAUCCAACGGCCACUCGAGAAGAUUGCAUCCGUGGCCAAGAGCAUCUACAUUCCUCGAGGCGUCGCCGUACCUGCGCUCGACCGCGAGAAGAAGUGGGAUUUCACCCCAACCAUGAAGGUCGGCGACCACAUCACGGGCGGCGAUGUGUGGGGGACAGUCUACGAAAACUCAUUCAUCUCCGUGCACAAGAUUCUGUUCCCUCCACGGGCUCGCGGCACCAUCACCAGAAUCGCAGACAAGGGCAGCUACACAGUCACCGAAAAGAUUCUCGAAGUCGAGUUUGACGGCAAGAAGACCGAAUAUGGCAUGAUGCAGACCUGGCCUGUGCGGGUGCCGCGCCCGACCACCGAGAAACACUCUGCCGACAAGCCUUUUGUUGUCGGCCAGCGCGUGCUCGACGCCCUCUUCCCCUCGGUCCAGGGCGGCACUGUCGCCAUUCCCGGCGCUUUUGGCUGUGGCAAGACCGUCAUUAGCCAGUCCGUGUCCAAGUUCUCCAACAGCGACGUCAUCGUCUACGUCGGGUGCGGCGAGCGCGGCAACGAGAUGGCCGAAGUGUUGAAGGACUUCCCCGAGCUCACCAUCGAGGUUGAGGGCCGCAAGGAGCCCAUCAUGAAGCGCACCACGCUUAUCGCCAACACGUCCAACAUGCCUGUCGCUGCGCGUGAGGCGUCCAUCUACACCGGUAUCACAGUCGCCGAGUAUUUCCGCGACCAAGGCAUGAACGUGGCCAUGAUGGCCGACUCAUCCUCUCGCUGGGCCGAAGCCCUGAGAGAGCUGUCGGGCCGCUUGGGAGAGAUGCCCGCGGACCAAGGUUUCCCUGCCUACCUGGGCGCCAAGCUUGCCUCCUUCUACGAGCGCGCCGGCAAGGUCCAGGCCCUCGGCAGCCCCGCCCGCGAAGGCAGCGUCAGCAUCGUCGGCGCCGUCUCCCCGCCCGGCGGUGACUUCUCGGACCCCGUCACCUCGGCGACCCUGGGCAUCGUCCAGGUCUUCUGGGGUCUGGAUAAGAAGCUCGCGCAGCGCAAACACUUCCCCUCCAUCAACACGUCACUCAGCUACUCCAAGUACACCACGGUGCUCGACAAAUGGUACGAGAAGGAGUACCCAGAUUUCCCGCGGCUGCGCGACCGCAUCCGCCAGUUGCUGUCGGACAGCGAGGAGCUUGACCAGGUAGUGCAGCUGGUGGGCAAGAGCGCGCUGUCGGACCCGGAUAAGAUCACGCUCGACAUGGCGACGCUGAUCAAGGAGGAUUUUUUGCAGCAGAACGGCUACUCGGACUACGACCAGUUCUGCCCCAUCUGGAAGACCGAGUGGAUGAUGAAGCUCAUGAUGGGCUUCCACGACGAGGCCCAAAAGGCCGUCGCGCAGGGCCAGAGCUGGGCCAAGGUCCGCGAGGCCACACAGGAGCUGCAGGCGCAGUUGAGGAGUCUCAAGUUUGAGGUGCCCACCGAGGGCCAGGAGAAGAUUUGCAAGAAGUAUGAGGCGAUACAGCAGGCUAUGCUGGACAAGUUUGCCUCGGUUGUGGAUGAGUAA